CGGAUAAAUAAACCGGGCUGUUAACAUCACAAGCGGGGAAUCUUCGUCGUCUCGAAGCGUAUAAACAAACUGUAUUAGCGUAGCGUAGCGUAGCUUCAGAUCUGGCAAUUUCUUUAGUGGGAAGAACAGCCAUGGCUAUCGAGUUUCGGAGAUCCGCGAUCGCCUUCACUCUCCUCCUCUUCAUUCACGUCGCUCACUCUUUCUACCUCCCAGGCGUCGCUCCUCAGGAUUUCGAAAAGGGUGAUGAGCUGAAGGUUAAAGUGAAUAAACUAACCUCCAUCAAGACUCAGCUUCCUUACUCGUAUUACUCUCUUCCCUUUUGCCAACCCAAGAAGAUUGUGGAUAGUACUGAGAAUCUUGGAGAAGUGCUUCGUGGUGACCGCAUUGAAAAUGCCCCUUAUUCGUUUAAAAUGCGGGAGGCGAAGAUGUGCAACGUUCUCUGCCGGGUCACUCUUGAUUCUAAGACAGCCAAAGCGUUCAAAGAAAAGAUCGAUGAUGAGUACCGUGUCAACAUGAUCCUCGACAACCUUCCUCUUGUGGUUCCGAUUGAAAGAGGGGAUCAGGGCUCUCCACCUGUUGUUUAUCAGCUUGGCUAUCACGUUGGUCUUAAAGGCCAAUAUGAAGGGAGCAAAGAGCAAAAGUACUUUAUGCACAAUCACUUGGCGUUUACGGUUCGAUAUCACUUAGAUAUGCAAACUGAUUCCGCAAGGAUUGUGGGAUUUGAGGUCAAACCUUACAGUGUUAAGCAUGAAUACGAUGGAGAGUGGAGUGAGAAGGCCCGUCUGACGACGUGUGAUCCUCACAAAAAACGCCUGGUUGUUAGCUCGUCCACCCCUCAAGAAGUUGAACCGAAGAAGGAGAUCAUCUUCACUUAUGAUGUUGAAUUCGAGGAGAGUGAAGUGAAGUGGGCAUCUAGAUGGGACGCUUAUCUUCUAAUGAGCGACAACCAAAUCCACUGGUUCUCCAUUGUCAACUCUCUGAUGAUCGUCCUGUUCCUGUCUGGUAUGGUGGCGAUGAUAAUGCUGAGGACACUUUACCGCGACAUUUCGCGGUACAACGAGCUCGAGACUCAAGAAGAAGCUCAAGAAGAGACGGGAUGGAAGCUUGUCCACGGCGAUGUUUUCAGACUCCCCGCCAAUUCGGAUCUCCUCUGCGUCUACGUUGGCACAGGGGUCCAGUGUUUAGGCAUGGUGUUCGUCACGAUGAUCUUCGCGAUGCUCGGGUUUCUCUCCCCGUCGAACCGUGGUGGUCUCAUGACGGCCAUGCUUCUCCUCUGGGUCUUCAUGGGACUCUUCGCUGGCUACGCUGCUUCGCGUCUCUACAAAAUGUUCAAAGGAACUGAGUGGAAGAGAAUCGCCUUCAGAACAGCUUUCUUGUUCCCUGCGGUUGUCUCAUCCAUCUUCUUUGUCCUGAACGCUCUCAUCUGGGGACAGAAGUCAUCCGGGGCCGUCCCCUUCGGAACAAUGUUCGCCUUGAUCUUCCUUUGGUUCGGCAUCUCGGUCCCUCUCGUCUUUGUCGGAGCCUACCUCGGUUUCAAGAAACCACCGGUUGACGACCCGGUGAAAACCAACAAGAUCCCAAGGCAAAUCCCGGAGCAAGCUUGGUACAUGAACCCGAUCUUCUCAAUCCUCAUCGGAGGAAUCUUACCGUUCGGUGCAGUCUUCAUCGAGCUCUUCUUCAUCCUCACAUCCAUCUGGCUCAACCAGUUCUACUACAUCUUCGGGUUCCUCUUCCUCGUCUUUGUAAUCCUCAUCGUCACUUGCGCCGAGAUAACGGUAGUGCUCUGCUACUUCCAGCUCUGCAGUGAGGACUACCUUUGGUGGUGGAGAUCUUACCUCACCUCAGGCUCAUCAGCUCUGUAUCUCUUCCUCUACGCCACGUUCUACUUCUUCACAAAGCUUCAGAUCACCAAGCUGGUCUCGGCGAUGCUUUACUUUGGGUACAUGCUCAUCGCGUCUUACGCGUUCUUUGUGCUCACAGGAACAAUUGGGUUCUACGCUUGUCUCUGGUUCACAAGGCUCAUCUAUUCCUCUGUUAAGAUCGAUUAGAGGAAGAAGAAAGGUGAUUAUAGUUUAUCUUCUUUUAAUUAAAUGGUUUUGUUGCAAAAAAAGAGAGUUUUUAAUAUAUCUGAACGUUAUAAUAGUGUAUUUUGUUUGAUUUGUUAACACACAUUUGUCAGUUCAUUUCAUUCCUAUGUGCGAGUUAUAUUUAUUAAACGUUUUAUUAUGAAAGAAACGAAUUUUAAAACG